UACAUAUUACAUGGUCAGAGAAAUAAAUGUGUCACACAGACCUCAGAGCUAUGUCAGCAAUUGAAGUGGAAAACAAUAGAACCAGGAAAACUUCUGCUUGCAAAGGAAAUAAACACAACAUGACUACUGCACCUGGAGAUAGCCAGAAUCAUGAACCCAGCUCUGGAGCAGCUCAACAGGAUUCAGGAUUCCCCUUGCCUGUUCAUGAUAUGGAAAUCAAGUAUACUAAGAUAUUUAUAAACAAUGAAUGGCAUGAGUCCAGCUGUAACAGGAAAAUCCAGGUGUAUAAUCCUGCAACCGGAGAAAAGAUAUGUGAAGUGGAAGAAGGAGAUAAGGAAGACAUUGACAAGGCUGUGAAAGCUGCUAAAGAGGCAUUUCAGCUGGGGUCGCCAUGGCGCCGAAUGGAUGCUUCAGAAAGAGGGCAGCUGUUGAACAAAUUGGCUGAUUUAGUUGAACGAGACCGUCAGAUAUUGGCCACUUUGGAGGCCAUUGACUCUGGAAAAGUUUUCCUGGUUGCUUACUUUGUGGAUUUGACUGCUGCAAUUAAAACAUUGCGCUACUACGGGGGAUGGGCUGACAAAAUCCAUGGCCAAACUAUUCCAGUAGAUGGAGAUUAUUUUACUUUUACUAGACAUGAACCAAUCGGAGUAUGUGGUCAGAUCAUACCAUGGAACUUCCCUCUGUUGAUGUUUGCAUGGAAGAUCGCUCCUGCUCUGUGUUGCGGUAAUACAAUUAUCAUGAAGCCAGCAGAACAAACUCCACUCUCUGCUCUGCACAUGGCAGCAUUAAUUAAAGAGGCUGGUUUUCCUCAAGGUGUAGUAAAUAUUGUGCCUGGGUAUGGGCCUACAGCAGGAGCUGCAAUAGCCAACCACAUGGAAAUAGACAAGGUGGCAUUUACUGGUUCAACUGAGGUUGGGAAGACCAUUAAAACAGCUGCGGGGAACAGUAACUUAAAACGAGUGACACUGGAACUGGGAGGCAAAAAUCCUAACAUUGUGUUUGCAGAUGCUGACUUGGACCACGCGGUUGAACAAGCACACCAUGGUCUGUUUUUCAAUCAGGGCCAGUGCUGCCUAGCUGGAUCCAGAGUAUUUGUAGAGGAGUCAAUUUAUGAAGAAUUUGUAUGUAAGAGUGUGGAGAGAGCCAAAAAACGUGUUCUGGGAAACCCUUUAGUCCCUGGAGUAGAUCAGGGGCCACAGAUUGACAAAAAGCAGUUUGAAAAAAUCCUGGAUCUGAUUGAAAGUGGGAAGAAGGAGGGAGCCAAUUUAGAAUGUGGUGGAUCGUUCUGGGGAGAGAAAGGCUUUUUCAUUCAGCCAACUGUUUUUUCUGAUGUAACUGACGACAUGCGCAUUGCCAAAGAAGAGAUUUUCGGACCAGUCCAACAAAUUAUGAAGUUUAAAACCAUGGAUGAAGUUAUCAAGAGAGCUAACAACACCCAUUAUGGUCUGGUAGCUGGUGUCUUGGUUAACUGCUACAACGCAAUGAGUUCUCAGAGUCCUUUUGGAGGUUUUAAAAUGUCUGGGAAUGGAAGAGAAAUGGGAGAAUAUGGUCUUCAAGAGUACACUGAGAUAAAGACUAUUACAAUCAAAAUUCCACAGAAGAAUUCCUAAGUAAGGUCACAGUGUA